AUGAACCGCCGCCUCCUGCAGCCUUCGUCGCCUCGCGCCCUCGCCGCGCCUCGCGUGCCUCCCUCACCCUUCAUCACUUCCCUCACCCUUCCCCCGCCGGCCUUCGUCGGCCCGUCGCCUUCAUCGCCCCGCGUACCUCGCGCCCUCACGCCCUUCGUCCCCCGCGCCCUCGUCGCCCUCGACCGCCCUCGCCCACCUUCGUCGCCCCCGCGCCCUUCGUCCUUCGUCGCCCUCGCCGCCCUCGCCCUUCGUCGCCCUCGCCGGCCCCGCCCUUCGUCCCCCGCGCCCCCGCCCCUCGCCCUGCCCUUCGUCGCCCUUCGUGCGCCCUUCGCCCUCGCCGCCUCGCCUUCGUCCCCCGCGCCCUUCGUCGCCCUUCGUCGCCCUCGCCGCCCUCGCCCUUCGUCCCCCGCGCCCUUCGUCGCCCUCGACCCUCGUCGCCCUCGCCCUCGUCCCCCGCGCCCCUCGUCCCAUUCGUCCCCUCGCCCUUCGCCCCCCGCCCUUCGUCGCCCUUCGUCGCCCUCGCCCUUCGUCCCCCGCGCCCUGCCUCCCCUCGCCGCCCUCGCCCUUCGUCCCCCGCGCACCUUCGUCGCCCUUCGUCGCCCUCCGCGCCCUUCGCCCUUCGUCCCCGCGGCUUCGUCGCCCCUUCGGUCGCGCCUCGCCGCCUCGCCCUUCGUCCCCCGCGCCCUUCGUCGCCCUUCGUCCCGCCUCGCCGCCCUCGCCCUUCGUCCCCCGCGCCCUUCGUCGCCUCUUCGUCGCCCGCCCUGCCCGUUCGUCGCCCUCGCCCUUCGUGCGCCCGCGCCCUUCGUCGCCCUUCGUCGCCCUCGCCCUUCGUCCCCCGCGCCCUUCGUCCCCUUCGUCCCUCGCGCCGUCGCCCUUCGCCCUCGCCGCCCUCGCCCUUCGUCCCCCGCGCCCUUCGUCGUCGCCCUUUCGUCCCCGCGCCCUUCGUCCCCUUCGUCGCCCUCGCCGCCCUCGCCCUUCGUCCCCCGCGCCCUUCGUCGCCCUUCGUCGCCCUCGCCGCCCUCGCCCUUCGUCCCCCGCGCCCUUCGUCGCCCUCGCCGCCCUCGCCCUUCGUCCCCGCGCCUUCGUCCUUCGCGCCCUCGCCGGCCCUUCGUCGCCCCCGAUUGCUGCCGGGAGGGAAGUCGCGGGCGGGGAGGCAGCGGCGGGUCGUGUUGGCUGCGGGAGAGGAAGCGGACGAUGAUGUGUGAAGAGACAGAGAAAGUGCAGCUACAUGUACCAUUGGAGGCUAUAAUGUGUAAUGGUAUUUGGUACCGUGAUACAGAAGAACUUCGCCAGUUUGUGUACGCCAUCGCUGCGUGUCCUCUCCUGAGGUCGCCAAUCGGGGGCCAUCAGAAUAGCUUUAGCGAAAUAGGCCUAAUGAAGCGUACAGUUUCUGGACUUUAUAGUCGAAAGAUUACAAGGCUUAUGAGUCGCAUGUCAGAAUCAGCCAGCAGGAGUCCUAAUGAACUCUAUACACGCACACCAACGCCACCCCGCCUCGGCAAUCAGCUGUCGGUGUCAACGGAGGACAAUCACGAACGGAGGACAAUCACGAACGGAGGACAAUCACGAACGGAGGACAAUCACGAACGGAGGACACUCACGAACGGAGGACAAUCACGAACGGAGGACAAUCACGAACGGAGGACAAUCACGAACGGAGGACAAUCACGAUCACGAACGGAGGACAAUCACGAACGUCAAAUCACGAACGGCAAUCACGGGAGGACAAUCACGAACGGAGGAACGGAGGACAAUACAAUCACGAACGGAGGACAAUCACGAACGGAGGACAAUCACGAACGGAGGACAAUCACGAACGGAGGACAAUCACGAAUCAGCGACUGGUUGCAAAGACAGUGGAUAUUGUACAGUAAAAAUGCAUUUGGGACAUUUAUCCAAGCGCCAGUGGAAUUAUCCCACGAUUUACAACAUUGA